CGCUCAGGCUGCUGGAGGAUACAGCAGCAACCAGAAAGUGCGGGCACGUCAGCUUAAGUUGGACGACGACAGCGAACAUAAUCGGUAUUUUCUUCAAUUAUGAGACAUAUCUUCUUAACAAAGCGUGAGUUGUGGUAUGCGAGCACCGCGGAAGUAGGAUGACAACACCUUGUUGUGGCUCGGACUCAGUCACAUGGUGUUUGGCUGGUCAGUCGUGAAAGCCACAUCAGUGUGUGCAGACGUGAUAACCAGGCUUCUGUUGUCAGUGUGUGUGAGCACAGUUUUCUCUGCCGACCUGCUGACACCGGGGAUUCCCGUCUCAGCAUGCCGCACAAGAGCAAAAAAGAAAAGGAAUCAUCCAAAUCUGGAAGAUCUAAAAAAUCUGGGAACAAAAAUGGGCCUGCAGAUGACCAAGAUGGCUCCAAUCAGAAAGUGCCUCCUGCAACUCAGCUGAUGAGGGUGAAGCAGCCAGGGUCACACUCGGCCAUGAAGAGAGAGAAGAGGUUCAGCACUUCCUCUUUCCCCCUCAGUGCUAACAGAGAGCUGCAAAAGCUACCUUCCCUGGCAGAUGUGGCGCCCGCAGAGCAAGAGAAGCUCUUCAUCCAGAAGCUACGACAGUGCUGCGUUCUUUUUGACUUCCUGUCUGACCCACUGAGUGACCUGAAAUGGAAGGAAGUGAAGCGGGCGGCGCUGAGCGAGAUGGUGGAGUACAUCACCCACAACAGGAAUGUCAUCACAGAGCCUAUCUACCCGGAGGUGGUGCACAUGUUUGCGGUGAACAUGUUCAGAACAUUGCCUCCAUCGUCCAACCCCACUGGAGCAGAGUUUGAUCCAGAGGAAGAUGAGCCAACCCUUGAAGCUGCAUGGCCUCACCUCCAGCUCGUCUAUGAAUUUUUCCUUAGGUUUUUAGAAUCGCCCGACUUUCAGCCCAACAUAGCGAAGAAAUACAUCGACCAGAAAUUUGUUAUGCAGCUCCUAGAACUGUUUGACAGCGAGGAUCCCCGAGAAAGAGACUUCCUCAAAACUACCCUCCACAGGAUCUAUGGAAAGUUCCUGGGACUGAGAGCGUACAUCAGAAAACAGAUCAAUAACAUUUUCUAUAGAUUUAUCUAUGAGACAGAGCACCAUAAUGGUAUAGCUGAACUACUGGAAAUACUUGGAAGCAUAAUCAAUGGAUUUGCCUUACCACUAAAAGAAGAGCACAAGAUUUUCCUGUUGAAGGUUUUAUUGCCUCUGCACAAAGUCAAAUCACUCAGUGUCUACCAUCCACAGCUGGCCUACUGUGUGGUGCAGUUUUUAGAAAAGGACAGCACUCUAACUGAGCCGGUAGUAAUGGCUCUACUAAAGUACUGGCCAAAGACUCACAGUCCCAAGGAGGUGAUGUUCCUCAACGAGCUGGAGGAGAUCCUGGAUGUCAUCGAGCCCUCUGAGUUUGUCAAAGUGCAGGAGCCUCUCUUCAGACAGCUGGCCAAGUGUGUGUCCAGCCCACACUUCCAGGUGGCAGAGAGAGCUCUGUACUACUGGAACAACGAGUACAUCAUGAGCCUGAUAAGCGACAACGCAGCAAAGAUCCUGCCAAUUAUGUUCCCUGCUUUGUACCGCAACUCCAAGACCCACUGGAACAAGACCAUCCAUGGCCUCAUCUACAAUGCUCUGAAGCUUUUCAUGGAGAUGAAUCAGAAGCUUUUUGAUGACUGCACACAGCAGUUCAGGGCUGAGAAAAACAAGGAGAAGGCAAAGUCAAAAGAACGUGAAGAGGCUUGGAUCAAGAUCGAGAACCUCGCCAAGUCAAAUCCACAGUUCUCUAUGUAUGUUGAUUCCUCUGACCUCAAUAGUCCUGUAGCAAUGGAGACGGAUUUCCCUUUGAUAGAAGAUGUUCAGAGGUUAAAAAAGACAGUUGAAGAGGGUGCGACUCAGUUGCAGCAUGACCAGCGGAAAGAGCGGCCCAUGGUGCGACGCAAAUCUGAGUUGCCUCAGGAUAUCUACACCACAAAAGCCUUGGAGUCCCACCGCAGAGCUGAAGACAUGUUAACCACUCAUGAUGGACUCUAGGUCCCGUCACCUGCGGCUAAUGGUUCAACUGUCCCUUCUACCCUUGACAGCCAUGGACAUCCUUUUCGCCCAGGUGCCAGAAUUACACUGGCGACUCAUGUUGGGCUCUCCAUCCCUCCUCCUACCCUGAGUUUACCCAGGAUCCUCAGUUCUCUUUCAUUCCUGCUGUCCCUGUGUAUCCACCUCCCUCAGAUUUCUGCUUUUUUUGGGGUUUUUUUUGAGAGAAGCAGGUGUGUGUUUGUGUGUCUUUUUUGCCCUCGCCACAUUCAGUUUGCUUUCCAGUUAUUUCCCCUCAUUGUUCCACCUUACCUUCCUAUCUCCCCCAUCCCCACCCCCAUGUGUGUUCACUGUAAAUGUGGACCCUGUGAGUACGGACGCCACAACACUGGUUCCUCCAUUCCUUCUUGCAAACGUGUUCACAAUGGAUUGGACGUGGAAACACGGGAACUGACAGACUCACUGUCGAAGGAUCGUCUCUUGGUCUCUGCUUGGUUUUCUUUUCUGUCAAAGGGAACAAAAACAGAACCUGUUGGUCAGAUGAAAGACAAGACUUUCCCACGAUCUGUUCUAUGUCUUCUUUAGUUUUUAUUUUUUGCUCAAUCUAAAGGACAUUUUGUCAGUGCCAAGACUGUUGUGUCCUUCAUGUUUGUUUCAUGUUAGCAUCUGUGACUUUAACAAGGACACCUGCCUUUGUUUUUCACUGGUGUCUGAAAGAUUUUCUUGUUUUUGUUUUCACGGAGCAUACCAGACCAAACUGAGACCUGUCCUUUGCCUUGCAAUGUCCAAGAAAGAUGGCAAGGAAAGGAGAAGUUGUCCUGUGGACAUCUGACGCUUUCCAUUCUAUUGUUUUGUGCCAUAUGACGCUCUUUUUAUAUGCUUGCUUCCUUAUGUUCACUGGCAAUAUUUGAAAACCAGAUCGUAGUGAUGUGUAGAUGGUUCAAACAAUGGUACUUGCUGUUUUUGAAAGGUAGUACUCGUAGUUGAGGAUGAACCUGAAUGAAAGUUGUUUGCUAUCACACCCGGAUGUCAUAUUUCCAUCGCAGUCGACCACAGCUGGAGCCAAUAAAUACCUGAGUCAUUUGACCUGGGAAUUAAUACUGAUUGUACAAUUUCCCACUGAAGACAAUAGCCAGAAAUUAGUGAGGGUUUACGUUUUUGUUACUUGUUGAAUUUCAAAGGCAUAUAUGCUGCAGUAGCAAUAUCCACAGUUUGGAAGUGGCAAGGAGAGCCGUCAGCUGCAUGUAACUACUGCAUACUGAAUAAAAAGCUAAGAUCAACAGUGUGGCUUUUAUACAUAUACUGUAAACUGAAUAUUGAUUAUUAUCUUUAUAAAGGAGACAUAAUCAGAGAUCAGUUUUUGUUGAAUGGUGGAAGAGGUGCAGAUCUGUGCUGUCAUGAUGCCUCAAAACCCUCACUGAUGAUUUUUAGCAGCCGUUUACCACAUUAGAACCUUUGCGCAUUUUGUUUUGUGAAGAGUGUGAAGGUGUAUCUGAUGCACUGUACGCUUUAAAGAUUUUAAUGUCCUCUAUAAUUAAAAUUUUAAUUUAUUAUCAGUCCCAUGGGCCUGUAUUCUCAGUAGCUUAUAACACACAAAUUACUUGAUGAGAGCUACCAAAAUAAUGUCUUCCUUAAAAUUUAAAGGUGAGACGUGUUGCGACCAUUCCUAUUUGUAGGUGUUUGGUUAUGCAUAUUGCAUCCUUCUUGGAGGAGAAGAAGAGGUUUUCAAGGUAGGAAUCUUCCAGUCAGUACCAUUGUUUAAACUAAGACGGUCUGCUAGAGUUCUUCAUAUUUGAUGUGUUGUAUUUUGUUGUCUUGUCUCUGGAGGUUGGCAGCGUGGAUGUCAGGUUUUGAAUUUUGUUUUAGUUUUUUUUCUGGCCAUGCAGGAUGCCCAGCGCUGAAACACACUGGUAUCAGAUGGCCACAAAAAUGCCAGAUGAUGAAAAUAAACUGACAUUGUGACUUGGCUUGUUAACUGUAUUAAUACUGUAUUUGCUUGAAUGCAAAAGAUGUAAAUUAAAACUAUCAUGUUAAACAUGUACCUUUUACCCUGGAGGAAUGCCAUUCACCAAACCGGUUGAUUUCUGUUGUCAAGGUCAUUGCAUUUAUGAGACAGUCCCACUUCCUGGGAGAAAUGUUUUAUGGAUUUUGAGUUUUAUGAGUAUGAGUCAAGAGAUGUAUGAGGUUUAUUUUAGUGCUGGAAAAAAAAGUCACCUGUGAUAAGAGAUGAUUUAAAAAAAAAAAAAACAAAAGAUUUGGUGGCUUAUUCUGUUUCUGCAGGACCUUUGCAGAUCUUUUAAUUUUAACAUAUUAUUUCAAGAACAUGAUAACUUAAAGUGUCCUUUUGUAUGUGACCUGUACUAUAUGAUUCAUUUAAUAUUGUAUAUAUGAUUUACCUUGUUUCAUGUAGUGUUAUAUAUCUAGAUUAAUUUUUGUACAAAUUGUCCCUCUGUACAGAAUAAAACAUCAAUAGCAAGUGAAAGAAGUCAA